AUGGUCCUUCUGCUGAUCCUGUCAGUCCUGCUGUUGAAAGAAGAUGUCCGUGGGAGCGCCCAGUCCAGUGAGAGGAGAGUGGUGGCUCACAUGCCAGGCGACAUCAUCAUUGGGGCUCUCUUCUCCGUCCACCACCAGCCCACCGUGGACAAAGUGCAUGAGAGGAAGUGCGGGGCUGUGCGUGAGCAGUAUGGCAUCCAGAGAGUGGAGGCCAUGCUGCACACCCUGGAGAGGAUCAACAACGACCCCACACUCUUACCCAACAUCACACUCGGCUGUGAGAUAAGGGAUUCCUGCUGGCACUCAGCCGUGGCCCUGGAGCAGAGCAUCGAGUUCAUUAGGGACUCUCUCAUUUCUUCGGAAGAGGAGGAGGGCUUGGUACGCUGUGUGGAUGGCUCUUCGUCCUUUCGCUCCAAGAAGCCCAUAGUAGGGGUCAUCGGGCCUGGCUCCAGCUCAGUGGCCAUUCAAGUCCAGAACUUGCUCCAACUGUUCAACAUACCUCAGAUCGCUUACUCGGCCACCAGCAUGGAUCUGAGUGACAAAACUCUAUUCAAGUACUUCAUGAGGGUUGUGCCUUCCGAUGCCCAGCAGGCUCGAGCCAUGGUGGACAUAGUGAAGAGAUACAACUGGACUUACGUGUCGGCCGUACACACAGAAGGCAACUAUGGAGAGAGUGGAAUGGAGGCAUUCAAAGACAUGUCAGCCAAAGAAGGUAUCUGCAUCGCCCACUCCUACAAAAUCUACAGCAAUGCAGGGGAGCAGAGCUUUGACAAGCUGCUGAAGAAGCUCACCAGUCACUUGCCUAAGGCUCGGGUGGUAGCCUGCUUCUGUGAGGGCAUGACAGUGAGAGGUCUGCUGAUGGCCAUGAGGCGCCUGGGUCUAGCGGGAGAAUUUCUGCUUCUCGGCAGUGAUGGCUGGGCUGACAGGUAUGACGUGACAGAUGGGUAUCAGCGAGAAGCUGUUGGUGGAAUCACAAUCAAGCUCCAGUCUCCUGAUGUCAAGUGGUUUGAUGACUAUUACCUGAAACUCCGGCCAGAAACAAACCUUCGAAACCCUUGGUUUCAAGAAUUCUGGCAGCAUCGUUUUCAGUGCCGUCUGGAAGGGUUUGCACAGGAGAACAGCAAAUAUAACAAGACUUGCAAUAGUUCCCUGACUCUCAGAACACAUCAUGUUCAAGACUCUAAAAUGGGGUUUGUGAUCAAUGCAAUCUACUCCAUGGCCUAUGGCCUCCACAACAUGCAGAUGUCCCUGUGCCCUGGCUACGCGGGACUCUGUGAUGCAAUGAAACCAAUUGAUGGGCGGAAACUUUUGGACUCCUUAAUGAAAACCAAUUUCACUGGAGUUUCUGGAGACAUGAUCCUAUUUGAUGAGAAUGGAGACUCUCCAGGAAGGUAUGAAAUAAUGAAUUUCAAGGAAAUGGGAAAAGAUUAUUUUGAUUACAUCAAUGUUGGAAGUUGGGACAAUGGAGAAUUAAAAAUGGAUGACGAUGAAGUAUGGUCCAAAAAGAAUCACAUCAUCAGAUCUGUGUGCAGUGAACCAUGUGAGAAAGGCCAGAUAAAGGUGAUCCGGAAGGGAGAAGUCAGCUGUUGUUGGACGUGCACUCCUUGUAAGGAGAACGAGUAUGUCUUUGAUGAGUACACCUGCAAAGCUUGCCAGCUGGGGUCCUGGCCCACAGAUGAUCUGACAGGUUGUGAUUUGAUCCCGGUGCAGUACCUUCGCUGGGGAGACCCUGAGCCCAUUGCAGCCGUGGUGUUUGCCUGCCUUGGCCUGCUUGCCACUCUGUUUGUUACUGUCAUCUUCAUCAUUUACCGUGACACUCCAGUAGUCAAGUCCUCCAGCAGGGAGCUCUGCUACAUUAUUCUUGCUGGCAUCUGCCUUGGCUAUUUAUGUACCUUUUGCCUCAUCGCAAAGCCCAAACAGAUUUAUUGCUAUCUUCAGAGAAUUGGCAUUGGUCUCUCUCCAGCCAUGAGCUACUCGGCCCUGGUAACCAAGACCAACCGUAUUGCCAGAAUCCUAGCUGGCAGCAAGAAGAAGAUCUGUACAAAAAAGCCUAGAUUCAUGAGUGCCUGUGCCCAGUUAGUGAUUGCUUUCAUCCUCAUAUGUAUCCAGUUGGGCAUUAUUGUGGCUCUUUUCAUCAUGGAGCCUCCUGAUAUCAUGCACGACUACCCAAGCAUUAGGGAAGUCUACCUGAUUUGUAACACUACCAACCUAGGUGUUGUCACUCCUCUCGGAUACAAUGGGUUACUGAUUUUGAGCUGCACUUUCUAUGCGUUCAAGACAAGAAAUGUUCCAGCCAACUUCAACGAGGCCAAGUACAUCGCCUUCACGAUGUACACUACCUGCAUCAUAUGGCUGGCCUUCGUGCCGAUCUACUUCGGCAGCAACUACAAAAUCAUUACCAUGUGCUUCUCCGUCAGCCUGAGUGCCACAGUGGCGCUCGGCUGCAUGUUUGUGCCAAAGGUGUACAUCAUCCUUGCCAAACCGGAGAGAAAUGUGCGCAGCGCCUUCACCACGUCCACUGUGGUGCGCAUGCACGUGGGAGACGGCAAAUCUUCUUCUGCAGCCAGCAGGUCCAGCAGCCUCGUCAACCUGUGGAAGAGGAGGGGCUCCUCUGGGGAAACCCUAAGCUCCAAUGGAAAGUCGGUUACCUGGGCGCAGAAUGAGAAGAGCAGCCGCGGCCAGCACCUGUGGCAGCGGCUGUCGGUGCACAUCAACAAGAAGGAGAAUCCCAACCAGACGGCCGUGAUCAAGCCCUUCCCGAAGCCCACGGCGCGCGGGGGCCCAGCGCAGGGCUCGCUCAUGGAGCAGAUCAGCAGCGUGGUGACGCGCUUCACCGCCAACAUCAGCGAGCUCAACUCCAUGAUGCUGGCCCCCGCGGCAGGCCCGGGCCCCGGCGCCCCGCUUUGCUCGUCCUACCUGAUCCCCAAGGAAAUCCAGCUGCCCACGACAGUGACGACCUUCGCCGAGAUCCAGCCGCUCCCAGCCAUCGAGGUCACCGGCGGCGCGCAGCCCGGGGCGGGGCCCUCGCCUGGGGGGACCGCGCCCCAAGACGCCCCGGAGGCCGCCGGGGCCGAGGCCGCGCCCUGCAAGCCCGACCUGGAAGAGCUGGUGGCCCUCACGCCGCCCUCCCCAUUCCGAGACUCGGUGGACUCGGGAAGCACCACCCCCAACUCGCCGGUGUCCGAGUCGGCCCUGUGCAUCCCGUCCUCUCCCAAAUAUGACGCUCUCAUCAUCCGCGAUUACACUCAGAGCUCCUCGUCCUUGUGA